CUGUCAUGGACGUGAAUUGCAGUGAUCCGUUUUCAACGACUCUAAAUGACGAUCCCGAACAAGUUAGAAUCAAGUCAGUCAAACUGUCCCAGUUGCUUUAUGCUGAUGCCGCGAACGAUGUCUUUACAAGAGAAUCACUGAAAAAAAAAAGACAUCUCGAAAAGGAAAGAGGCAAAGGCGAAGGAGAAAGUGAUAAUGCGUGUGACAUACGACAUCCUUCCUGUUCACUGCUUCCAUUUCGAUUCGAUACUCAGGAAGAACCGGAGAAAAUUUACGGGAAACGAAAGAAGAGGAAAAUCAAGUCCACCUUAAAUUCGGUUUCUAAGAAAUCACAGUCAAGUAAAGUAAAGGAAAGAAUCAGCCAGGAAGAACUAGAGAAAACCGAAGGAUACAGGCUGUUUAUGGAAGCAUUGGCAGCACAUGCGAUCAAGAAAAGCUGCCCCAGACUGCCUGCUAAAUAG